GGGACCUUAACACUGAAGAACGUUGGUAUUUAUACAAACACUGGUGUCGCUGCUUACACUCUACUCUCAUGAAGAGAGUGUGGCAGUUACAAGCAGGAUACAGACGGCUGUGUAAGGAGUAUGAUGAAAUACGUGAUUAUGAGGAUCUUCAAUUAAUGAGAGAAGCACAUGUUAUAGGCAUGACAACAACUGGUGCUGCACGGAAGCAGCCAUUGUUACAGGAACUCAAACCAAGAAUAGUAAUAGUUGAGGAAGCAGCGGAAGUGCUGGAGUCCCAUGUUGUUGUCUCUUUGACAAAGGACUGUGAACAUCUUAUUCUCAUAGGUGAUCACAAACAACUGCGACCUUCAACUGCAGUCUAUGAGCUAGGAAAAAAAUUUAAUUUUGACAUUUCAUUGUUUGAAAGGAUGCUGCGGAAUGGGAUGCAUUAUGAUUGUUUAGAAGUUCAGCACAGGAUGAGACCAGAUAUAGCAAACCUUAUCACGCCGACAAUUUAUCCAACAUUAAGAAGUGCUCCAUCUGUUUUUCAUUAUAAAAACGUGAAAGGUGUCACAAAAAACCUUUUUUUCAUUGACCACAGAUUUCAUGAAGAAGAGGUAACUGAAACGGUCAGUCGUCGAAACCUAUUUGAAGCAGAAUUCCUAGUAGCUCUUUGCAGAUACCUUUUGCUUCAAGGAUACACAGAAAGUGAAAUUACUAUACUGACAACUUACUCUGGGCAGAUGUAUUACAUGAGGAAACUGAAAAAGGAAUCUGGUGCACUUCAGAAUGUCCAAAUAACAGCUGUAGAUAACUUCCAGGGUGAAGAAAACAAAAUAAUUCUAUUGUCAUUGGUGAGGAGCAAUGAGGAUGCCAACAUUGGUUUUCUUAAAGUUGAAAAUAGAGUAUGUGUAGCUCUCUCCAGAGCUAAAGAAGGCUUUUACAUGAUUGGUAACAUGGACAGCCUAACUAGGAGCAGCAAAAUAUGGCCAAAAAUAAAUGAAACACUGAUGAAACAAGAUGCAAUUGGCCGUCACUUGACACUGAAAUGUCAGGUACACCCCAGCGAGAAAACAAAAGUUGCCUCAGCAUCAGAUUUCAAGGCUGUUCCUGAGGGAGGUUGCAGCCUUCCUUGUGAGGCUGAACUUCCUUGUGGCCACAAAUGUCAGAGUGUUUGCCAUGUACAGGACAGAUAUCAUGAAAAAACUAAGUGCUCCUUUCCUUGCCAAAGGGUUCCAAAACGGUGUCCAUUGGGUCACAAGUGCCUUAAAAAAUGUUACGAAGACUGUGGAAACUGUGAAACAUCUGUGGAGAAGGUGCUUCCAUGUCAACAUAUAAUAACAAUAGCAUGUUGUCACGUUGGUAUUACCAUGUAUUAUUGCAAGGAAGUAGUGGAAGCUGUAUUGGAACCAUGUAAACACACAGCAAAGAAACUUUGCUUUCAAGAUGUUAAAAAUGUGAAGUGUUCAUUUCCUUGUGAAGACAGGCUACUUUGUGGUCAUAGCUGUACGUUGAACUGCCAUGCAGCAAAUGAUCCAGAUCACCUUCAGUACAAAUGUUAUAAACAGUGUGAAAAAAGUAAUUCUGGUUGCAAAAGGAAUCACAAGUGCAACAAAAGAUGUUAUGAGGACUGUGGAGAGUGUGCUGUAGAAAUCCAAGUGCAGCUGAGCUGUGGACACACCCAUAAGAUACGUUGUAGUACUGAUCCAUCUGAAGUGAAAUGUGACAGAGACUGCAAACGCACAAUGGCAUGUGGACACGUGUGUCAUCGUCAGUGUUUCCAGCCGUGUGAAGGCUGCAAAGUUAAGGUGCAGAAAGUUAUUCCAGACUGUGGGCACAAAAUAUACAUACCUUGUUCUGAACAGCCCACACGUAGUAUGUGUAGGAAGAUAUGUGAAAGGCUUCUUGAUUGUGGGCAUCGUUUUAGAGGCAUGUGCUUCGAGUCUUGGACUUGGUGUGAAGAUCUCAUUCCGAGUCCUAUAACUCCUGCAUGUGGACAUGCUGUUGAAAUUCCAUGUUACCUGAAAAGAUCAGAAUUAUCACCAUACAGUGAUGAGUUAUUAUCAAGGUGUAAAACAGCAUGUGGGAUGACAUUGGAAUGUGGACAUGUGUGUGCUGGGACUUGUAGUGUGUGCUUUCAAGGUCGUCUUCAUUUGCCAUGCAAGGAGAAGUGUGUCCGUGUGCAGAUAUGUGGACAUAGAUGUAAUAUGGAUUGUUCAAAAAUUUGUCCCCCUUGUAACCAGGAGUGUGACUACCAGUGCGGGCAUUCACACUGGUCUGUGAGAUGUGGUGAUCCUUAUAUACGAUGCAAAAAGCCCUGUGCAUGGCAUUGUAAACAUUUACAAUGUACAAAACGUUGCUAUGAGCUCUGUGAUCGUGAUCCAUGUUAUGAACCUUGUGAAAAAAAGCGUGGGUGUGGCCAUGAUUGUGUUGGCUUCUGUGGUGAACCGUGUCCUCCUUUAUGUAGAAUUUGUGAUGAAGAUGAAUUAAUGGCAAUUUCCUUUGGCUCUGAAAAUCAAGAGAGUGCCAGAUUUGUCUACCUAGAAGACUGCAAACACACAAUUGAAUCUAAGGCAGUGGACAAGUGGUUGAAACAAAAAGAUGAUGAAAUAUGUCUGAAAAGCUGUCCCCUCUGCAAAACACCAAUAAAGAGAACAUUACGGUUCUUAAAUUAUUUGAAAAAGUCAUAUAUGGACAUCAGUAAUAUAAAGGAAAGGGUGUUUGGAAAUCCUAGAGAAAAUGUUGCAAAGAAGAUACAGCUGGCUGCUGCAGUGAAAAAAAUGGUCCUCCCAUACAGAGUAGAAAGAGAAAGCACUGAAAUACAGAAGACGUUAACAUUAUUACGCUCAAACCUUCAACAUCAACAAAAGAGGAGGAGAAUACUUCUUUCGAGAAUGGACCUUGACUCAAUAUCCAUUAAAAUAGACUUCAUCUCAAAACUUCUGGAAACCCUGGAAUGCUGUUUUCCCCAAAUAAUGAUUCCCUGUGUUUCAUAUGAAGACACUUUCAAGAAAGUUAUGGAACAAUUUGACUUACUGGUUUGUUUGAUCAGGGAAAGGAAUACACACAUGAGUCAACAGGAGGUUAUUGAUUUUAAUCAAGAAAUAAACAGAUUUGUGAGAAUGGCACAGCUCUAUAGUAUUGAGAGGACCAUCAACUUCACACCAUCCCACUCUGCUGAGGUUAUUAAGGCAUUAUACAAAAAAGCUGAGCAAGAAGUGAAGUCUAUUGAAAGAUUUACAUCAAUACAGGAUCAAAAAGUGAAAGAAAUUUUAGACAAAUUGAAUGAAGCAUGUAAAGUAGAAGUCCCACUUGAUAAUGAAAUAAUUAGAAGAGAGAUUGUGAAAACAGUAGGUGUAACACCUGGACACUGGUUCAGAUGCCCAAAUGGACAUUACUGUGUUAUUGGAAACCAUGGAGGAGCAAUGCAUGAAGGUAAAUGUCCAGAUUGUGGGGCUAAAAUCAGUGGUGCAAGGUAUCCUGUGCAUAGGGACAAUUAUCAAACUGGGGAAAUUGAGUCAACACAUCCAGUGUAGUGUAAUACAUGAAUUUUUAAGGGAUUCCGUGUACCUCUAAGCCUGAGCGUAAUUUCUGUUUGAUUGAUUUAGAUUAUGUUGUUACAAAACUAUAUCCUUAUUUUACAUGUUGCUAAGAGUUCAUCUGUGAGAAUAUUAUUUUUAAAGUAUACCCUGUUUUUUACUCUAUGAAUUGUAGUUUGUUC